UCAGUAAAACGUGCGCUCAGGGGAUUCCGCACAGCAAAAUUCAGACUGAUAACUCCACCGUGGGGUUUUUCAGACAGAUGAUGCUGAAGGCAGACCCGAUUCUGGGAUUAACCUACAGCCUCAGAAAUGAGCUCUGAACCCAGCCCAGGGAUGAAUUCUGCUCUUUGUAAGGCUAAGGCACAAACACAGAGACAGGACUGGCUGUCAGCUGCCCUGUGUCACAGGCUGUCAGCUUGAGAGGACAUCAGCACGGAUAUUUUAUUGUUACUUGUCCCUUCUCUAGCUGUGCGGAUUGCUUAAGAGAAUGGCACUCUGUGGAGUUUGACCCAUGAGCCCUGAUAAUGAAAAUAAUACACUUCUCACCAGAGCCACGGGAGACCGAAAGAGUAACUUCAGGCAAUUAGUUUAACUUUGACUAUAAAUAUUCCUUCUCAUUCCUUGCGACACUGUUAACAGCUCCGCUGGCAAAUCCUGAUUCUCUGGCAAUAUUUAAGCUGCCUGUCAGUUGGCAGAGGCUCGGUGGUGCCCGGCGCAGGAGCAGAAUGAGACCCAGCUGAGCGCAAUAUAUGCAUCAAGACAAAGGAGCGCUCAGCCUGCAUAAGAAACCAUGGAGCCCACCGGCACCGCCCCAUCCUCUGUGACCCCCCCGUGGGAUGUGUUUCCCCAGAAGAUGCUGGAGCCCAUUGACAUCGCUGUCCUUGUGCUUUACUUUGUGUUUGUCCUCGCAGUUGGGCUGUGGUCCAUGUGGAAGACGCAGCGCAGCACUGUCAAAGGCUACUUUCUAGCCGGAGGACAGAUGGUUUGGUGGCCUGUGGGCGCAUCCCUGUUUGCCAGCAACGUUGGCAGUGGCCACUUCAUCGGCCUGGCCGGCUCCGGAGCCGCCUCAGGAAUCGCCACAGCAGCCUACGAGUGGAACGGGAUGUUUUCUGUCCUGGUGCUGGCCUGGCUCUUCCUUCCCAUUUACAUAGCAGCAGGAGUCACUACCAUGCCUGAGUACCUGCGGAAACGUUUUGGAGGCAAAAGAAUCCAGAUGUUCCUGGCAAUUCUCUACUUGUUCAUCUAUAUUUUCACCAAAAUAUCAGUUGAUAUGUAUGCUGGGGCCCUCUUCAUUCAGCAAGCCUUGCACUGGGACCUCUACGUCGCCGUGGCUGGGCUGCUGGCCAUCACAGCCGUCUACACCGUGGCGGGUGGCCUGGCCGCCGUCAUCUACACCGACGCACUGCAAACCUUCAUCAUGCUCAUCGGGGCCCUGACCCUCAUGGUCUUCAGCUUUAUUGAAGUUGGUGGUCUUGAAGGUUUGCAGACAAAAUACUUUGAUGCCAUUCCCAGCACCCGCAAGGAAAACAGCAGCUGUGGGUUGCCGAGAGAAGAUGCUUUUCACAUUUUCCGAGACCCUGUUAACUCCGACCUUCCCUGGCCUGGAGUCUUGCUGGGAAUGACCAUCCCGUCCCUGUGGUACUGGUGUACGGAUCAGGUCAUCGUUCAGAGGUCCCUUGCUGCUAAAAACCUCUCUCAUGCUAAAGGAGGCUCCUUGAUGACCUCCUACUUGAAAAUUUUGCCCCUCUUUAUGAUGGUAAUGCCAGGCAUGAUCAGCCGGAUUCUCUUCCCAGAUCUGGUGGCUUGUGCAGAUGCAGAAAUUUGCCGAAAAAUCUGUGGCAACCCUUCUGGCUGUUCUGAUAUUGCUUAUCCUAAGCUGGUGAUAGAACUCCUGCCUGUAGGACUCCGGGGCCUGAUGAUGUCCGUGAUGAUAGCAGCUCUCAUGUCCUCCCUGACCUCCAUCUUCAAUAGUGCCAGCACCAUUUUCACCAUGGACCUCUGGAAACAUUUCCGCCCCCGUUGCUCCGAGUUGGAGCUCAUGAUCGUUGGCAGGGCGUUCGUGCUGCUGCUGACGGUGGUCUCCAUCCUCUGGAUCCCGCUUGUGCAGGCUGGCCAGGGCGGGCAGCUCUUCAUCUACAUCCAGUCCAUCAGCUCCUACCUGCAGCCCCCCGUGGCAAUGGUGUUCAUCCUGGGCUGCUUCUGGAAAAGAGCAAACGAGAAGGGCGCGUUCUGGGGGCUGGUGACUGGGCUGCUGCUGGGUGUCAUCCGCCUGGUGCUGGACUUCAUCUACCCCGAGCCGCGGUGCGGUGAGGCCGACCUGCGCCCGGCUGUGGUCAAGAACAUGCACUAUCUCUACUUCUCCAUGGUCCUGUCUGCCGUCUCCACCCUCACUGUGCUGCUCGUCAGCCUGCUCACAGAACCCCCCUCAGCAGAAAUGAUAAGUCGGCUGACCUGGUUCACACGCGGGGACCUGCCAGCCAAGACAGACCCGGCAGCCAGCCCUGCCCCUGACGCUGCCAAAGGAGCGCGUGAAGCCGAGCGUCCCGCUCUCCAGAUUGAUAUAAGCAUUGCUUCUGAAAGUAGUUCAAAUGAUAAUAAAUGUGCGACUAACACCAAAGGGAACUCGAAGCUGCUGACAGCCCUUCUGUGGCUCUGCGGGAUGGAGCGCAGACAGGAGAACACUGAGAACGUGGCAUCGCCCAGAGCCGAGCCGCUGCCCGUGGCGUCCCUGGAGGAGAAACCGCUGGUGAAACACGUGCUGAACAUCAACCUGCUGCUGUGUGUGUGCGCCGGGGUCUUCCUCUGGGCCUACUUUGCAUAGCAGCCGGCUAUUCGACUCCAGACACCAUCAACUAAUUUUAAUUGGUGUAAAUAAUAAGAAUUAGCAGAGGGUUAAUGUAAUUAAUAA